AUGGAUCUGGUUUCAGCUCUGUCACUGGAAACCUGGGUCCUCCUGGCAAUCAUCUCGGUGCUUCUGUACAGAUGUGGGACCCGUACACAUGGAAUUUUUAAGAAACAGGGAAUUCCUGGGCCCAAACCUCUGCCUUUUUUAGGGACUCUGCUGAAUUACUCCAAGGGCUCAUGGAAAUUCGACAUGGAGUGCUAUAAAAAAUAUAGAAAAAUAUGGGGGUUGUUUGAAUGGCAUACGCCUGUGUUUGCCAUCACAGACAGAGAAAUGAUUAAGAACGUGCUAGUGAAGGAAUUCUUUUCGGUCUUCACAAACAGGCGGGAUCUUGGCCCAAUGGGAAUCAUGAGCAAAUCCAUUGCUUUCUCAAAGGAUGAGGAGUGGAAGAGAUAUAGAGCCUUGCUGUCCCCCAUGUUCACCAGUGGAAAACUCAAGGCGAUGUUCCCCAUCAUCAAACAGUAUGGAGACAUUUUGGUAAAGUACUUGAGGCAAGAGGUAGAGAAAGGCAAGCCUGUCUCUGUGAAAGAUAUUUUUGGUGCCUACAGCAUGGAUGUGAUCACCAGCACAUCAUUUGGCGUGAAUGUUGAUUCCCUCAACAACCCAAAGGAUCCUUUUGUGGAGAAAACCAAGAAAUUAUUAAGAUUAGAUUAUUUUGAUCCAUUAUUCAUAUCAGUAGAACUGUUUCCAUUCCUCAAUCCAAUAUAUGAUAUGUUAAAUAUCUCCGUGUUCCCAAAGGAUUCAAUAGCAUUUUUCAAAAACUUUUUGUACAGUAUGAAGGAAUCCAACCUGGAUUCUAAGCAGAAGUACCAAGUGGAUUUUUUUCAGCUGAUGAUGAAUGCUCACAAUAAUUCCUCUGAGUCUCAUAAAGCCCUGUCUGACAUAGAGAUCAUAGCCCAGUCAAUUAUCUUUACUUUUGGUGGCUAUGACACUACCAGUAGCACACUUUCUUUUGUCUUGUAUUCCCUGGCCACUCACCCUGAUGUCCAGAAGAAACUGCAGGAGGAGAUUGAUCGUGCUCUGCCCAAUAAGGCCUCUCCCACCUAUGAUAUUGUGAUGGAAAUGGAGUACUUGGAUAUGGUGUUUAAUGAAACCCUCAGACUUUAUCCAGUUACUGGUAGACUUCACAGAAUGUGUAAAAAAGAUAUAGAACUUGAUGGUGUGUUUAUCCCCAAAGGGUCAAUGGUGAUGAUUCCAUUGUAUGCUCUUCAACAUGACCCACAGCACUGGCCAGAGCCUGAGGAAUUUCGUCCGGAGAGGUUCAGCAAGGAGAACAAGGGUAGAAUUGGUCAUUAUGUAUAUAUGCCCUUUGGAAAUGGACAUAGGAACUGCCUUGGCAUGAGAUUUGCUCUCAUGAGUAUGAAACUUGCUGUCACUAAAGUUCUGCAAAACUUCUCCUUCCAUCCUUGUAAAGAAACACAGAUACCUCUGAAAUUGAGUAGACAAGCAAUUCUUGAACCAGAAAAACCCAUUGUUUUAAAGGUUCUGCCACGGGAUGCAGUCAUAACUGGAGCCUGA